AUGCUGUCCAACGACGACGAUGAUGCGUGUCAGCCAUUUGACGACAGUAACCCCACGGUCGAGUUCAUUCAAUCCCCAGUGCAUGCACUCGACGCGUCGUUACUCUCCACAGAGCCCGCUUCCCGACACGUCCCUGAUCCUGACGGGCUCACAGAUGAAUCAAAGCAUCGAACGCAAGCCAAACGAAUGUCACCCGAUCCUUGGACCCCGCGGUCUUGGGCAACAAUGUUCGUGCGGCAGCAAAGGCCGUUCCCAGGAUCGCGACCGUGCCGGCGAGGGAAUAGAAAGAGACGGCUGUGA